GUGUUUUAGAAACUUAAGGAAGUCACCAAGGUGGUUGUGAAUCUUGAUAGAAAGUGGUGCAUGCAUAUUUAUAUGCCUACUGGAUAAAUUCACCAUGUCCAAUAAUCUGGGUCCUCAGCAGUUGUCACUAACAAACAAGCGAACUGCACCAACAGAACCAUCUCCCAAGGGCCAAUCUGAGUCAUUGGAAUUGGUAAGGUCAAAGUUGAGGGAAUCAUUAGCUGCUUCAUUAGCCUUGGGUUCUCAGGCACAGAACAAACCGCUAGCUGUAGAAAAGAGUCCCCAGAGUGAGGCUGCAUCCACCCCAAGGCAGGCCCAUGUGGAAUCUCAACAGGCCGAAUCCGCUUCGACAUCUGUAGAUGCUACUUCAUGCCGUAUUACAGGAAGGGCCUUGGAAACUUCAAUCUCCAGCACUAAUGAAUUUGACCAGAAUCACAACAAUGGAGGCCAGAGUUCUUCGCAUGAUAAUUCGAUAAAUGGAAAUAUAAUUGACCCUGCAAAAUUGUGGAAAUGUGAUGGGCAAGAAUUCCUGCCGAAGCAUGUCUCCCUAGAAGACGAAGCCAUGUUCAGCAACAACUUCGUCAUAAAAGAUGAGCUUUUGCAAGGACAUGGCUUGUGUUGGGCAUCUGAUCUCGAAUUAGGUGGUGUCGAAAUGAUUGAAAGCCGUGAUCCCAAAAGACCCAAAUUGACGCCUGAUGACAGCACUGGACUUGAGGUAGAACAGGUACUUCCAAGCCCGCAAGCACUGGCAAUUAAAAUAGAAGCUGAGCUUUUCAAGUUAUUUGGUGGUGUUAACAAGAAGUACAAGGAGAAAGGCAGAUCUCUUUUGUUCAAUUUGAAAGAUCGUAACAACCCUGAACUAAAAGAACGAGUUUUGUCAGGUGAUAUUCCUCCUGAUCGUCUCUGUAGCAUGACUGCAGAGGAACUUGCUUCAAAGGAGCUUUCUGAGUGGAGGAUAGCCAAGGCUGAGGAGUUUGCACAGAUGGUGGUUUUGCCUGACUCUGAAGUUGAUAUUAGGCGUUUGGUGAAGAAAACACAUAAAGGCGAGUUUCAAGUUGAAGUUGAAAGGGAUGAUAGUGUUUCAGUGGAAGUAGCUGUUGGGGCGAGUUCACUUUCUCAAAUACCAUCCAAAACUAAUGGAACUGCAACUCAAAUUCCAUCCAAACCCGCUGAACCUGAAGCUCAAAUUCCAUCAAAAGCUAAUGAAACUGGAGCAUCUGAAGGAGCUGAAGGAGCUGCUGCACCUGAGAAGGUUGUUGAUUCUAGAGAUCAAGCUUUCCCAAGUAAUGUAAUCACUCUUUCCCAUGAUGCAUCUGAUUUUAUGCAAGGUUUCAUGGAGGAUGAAUUGAAGGAUGCUGAGUUUCUUCCUCCAAUAGUUUCUCUGGAUGAGUUUAUGGAGUCACUUGAUUCUGAGCCACCAUUUGAAAACUUACAACAAGUGAGUGGCCAAGAUAUUCCCGUUUCUGCUGAUAAUAACUCAGAUAGCUUGGGGUCCAAGUUGGAUUCCUUGAAGGUUGGUUCAACAGAUCCUGUCAAAACUUCCUCAGAUAAGCCAGAUCAAGUGGAUGCAAAAUAUACAAGGACCAAUAGUAUCUUGAAAGAUGCAAAAGAUACAAGGACUGAUGGUAAUUUGAAAGAUGCAAAAGAUACGAUAACCGAUACUGACCUGAAAUCCGGUGACAUCCACAUAGAGUCAGAAACAUCCCAUCCUGACGGCGAAAACAAGGGAGAGCAUGUCUGGGAAGGCUUACUUCAACUGAAUGUUUCUGCCAUGGUCACAGUUAUUGGCUUCUUUAAAAGUGGUGAAAAAACAUCUGCAAAAGAUUGGCCUAACUUUCUUGAGAUCAAGGGAAGAGUUAGAUUAGAUGCAUUUGAAAAGUUCCUCCAGGAGCUUCCUAUGUCCAGAAGUCGCGCAAUAAUGGUUGUCCAUUUCUGUUGGAAGGAAGGAUCCCCCGAGAGCGGACGUUUGCAUCUUUCUGAGGUGUCAGAUUCCUAUGUUGCGGAUGAGAGAGUUGGGUUUGCAGAGCCCGCCCCUGCAGUCGAGCUGUACUUCUGCCCGCCCCAUGUGAAGAUGAUCGAAAUGCUCAGCAGGCAUCUGCCGAAGGAUCACACCGAGAUUCUUAAUGCAAUAGAUGAUGGCCUCAUUGGCAUUGUAGUAUGGAGAAAACCUCCUGUAACGUCUUCAAUUUCACCCAAGAUGUCCUCGUACCAGCGGCAGAACUCGAAAAGGCAGCACUUCUCUUCAAAGAAACAGCAAGAAAGGGAUGGCAACGUCAAACAAUCUGUCCCCCCUCUCCCUAAUGGCCCACCUCCAUCCAACCCUGACCCACCGUCUGAUGAUGAUAACAUUGAUGACAUCCCACCUGGCUUUGGCCCGGCAGUCGCCAGGGACGACGAUGACUUGCCGGAAUUUGACUUUGUAAAAAACACAAAACCCCUGCUUUCUCAGUUUCCGUCACCGAAUCCCUCCCGUGGUUCAGGAAUGGGUCAAAUCCGGCCAUCCAUUCGCCCUCAUCAGAUGCAGCAAAUGCGAGAGCUGGUGCACAAGUAUGGGCAGGGUAAAACAAGUGCCAAUCCAGCGAAUUGGCAGUCAGGUCAGGGUUUUGGUAUUGAGACCCAGCCUUGGAAUGAUGAUGAUGAUAUCCCAGAGUGGCAGCCCGAUCAAGAGAACCAACAGCCACCUCCACCACCUCCACCAUUGCAUGGAUUUCAGCAGCAGACGUUGCCAGCCCACCUAGUAAACCAGCAGUUAGGACCGAUGCCCUCUCAGCCACUGGUGCCACCCGGACCACCCCUGCCCAUACCUUUACAGCCCCUACCAUCCCAGAUGGGUCCAACACAGGGUGCACAUGCCACUGUGCAGCCUUCUUGGCAAUCUGGCCCUUGGAGAGCUCCUCCUUUUGGUUCCAAUGGGCCGCCGGACAUGGGAAACCAGGGAAAUGGGUCAAUGCAGCCUUUGCAUUUUGGUGGCCCACCUGUUGAUGGACAGUUUUAUAAUACACCCAGAUACAGAGCUGGGCCUAAUGGGAUGAGCUGGAGGCAAGAUAUCCCUAGGAGUAGAGGUACUUAGCUCUCUAAUGUAAUCCAAGGUUACUUCCUUUUUUUGAGGUGUAGAGAUUCGAUUCUGUAAUUGUAAUCGUAGUCUGUAUAUAUAUUUUAAAAGAAGAAAAAAAAUCUGAAUUUCUCU